AAAUAACAAUUGGAAUUCAAUCUCAAUCUCAAGAAAUAGUACGUGUAUUCGGUAAUACCAAAUAUAGAUAAAUUGGUACGGUAUUCAGUAUAAUCCCAAAUACCGGUACCAAACUUCCAGCCCUACUCACAAAUCACAACUAGGUUCAAUGAAUAAAUAAAUAAAAUUGCAAAAUGAAAAAUCCUUCAUUACCAUUUACCACCCAUCCACCCCAAAUAAAAUCGAUUUUAACCUGUGAAGCACGCUUCCGACACCGCAGUCGAAUCAUGACGCGUCCCCAUUAAAGCAAGUUGCUCGAUGCUACUACCAGUCUCUACGCUCUUACCUCCACCACCACCGUACCGCACCGCCGGCGGGCAUAACUAAGUGGGCAGCGGCGUCACCUGGCACUGUUGAUGACAGCCCAACCACCGGGCGACACGUACUCAAGAUGCUGGCUUUUUGUUUUGGGUUUUUUUUUUGGUUUGGGUUCGCCUGACCUGACAGAUUACGGAAACUUGGAGCCCGCCAUUAAAAAAAGGCCGUUGGGGUUGUGCCGGGGAGAAAUCUCAUAGUAAGUUGUGACCAGAAGUAGGCCUGCCUCCUCUCUGGGCUCUCGUCGGAAAGGUAAAACCGGCAGUUUACUGAUUGUUUUUUUUUUUUUUGCUGCAGCGACAGAAGGAGAGCAGGUGAGCACACGAUGGGUAAUAGUAGGGUUUGUACCGUUUUUGCCUCUCGGAUCUGGCAAUGGCCUACUGGAUUAUCAUCACCAUCUUUGUGUGUCGAUAUCGAUGGUUUGUUGUUGUAGUCUCUGCCCUGCAGCUACCACUGAGAUCCGGCGGUGGCCAAUGGUCCAUGGAUUAUAUAUGACCAUUAAUUAUUGUUAAGUGUCAAAUAGUGUACUUGUAGACUAGCGACUAAAGGUUGCACACCCAAUAUGUUAAGAUAGGAUUUUAGAAAAUGAAGGAUUUAGGUAAAAUUUUGGAUCUUAUGGAUGAAGGAUUAUGUGGGAUUUUGUUAUUUUGGAUUUGUGUUGGAUUUUAUAAAGUGUGCAUUUUUGCUUGUUGGAUUUUAUAUUGGAUUUGUGUCUAUGGGAUUUAUCAAUUAUGCGCUGAAUAUUUACAUUUGUAUCCUUAAUGACUUGUGUCCUUAAUGUUCAAUCUAGAAAAUAUUGAAAAGGGAUAAGGAUAGACCCGUCAUUUACCAUCAUGGAUUUUGUGCCUCCCACAAAUUUCCAACUAAAUCGGUGGGAUUUUAUAAUCCGUGGACCCCACGGAUUUUGACCUCAAAAUAAUCAAACAUACAUGGGGCCCAUCACACACCAUAAUCCAACACCAAACAUGGACUUUGUGCAUAAUCUCAUGGGUGUGGGAUUUUGAUCCAAAAUCCAUGAUAAAAUCCUACAAGCAAACGACCUCUUAGUACGUUCAUCACAAGCUACUGACAAUCUUUUGCACGAUCGAAGAAGUCGAGCAUACGGCUAUUUCAAAAGUUUGCGAAUAAGUUUUUAUGUCAUCGAGGUUCGUUCAUCAACCUUUGUGUAAAAAUGCAUCUUACAGUGCCACAUUUUCUGAUAGUCGUAAAGUGCUAUAUAAGUGUCUUACGAAAACGAAUAAGGGCUUGGUCUUGUGGUAAUACUACUAGCCUAGAACCUGGAGGUCCCAGGCAGUGGCGGACCCAGAAUUUUUUUAUAGGGGUGUCCUCUUUUAAAAAAUAAAUUUAAUAAAAAUAAAUAAUUAAUAAAAAUAAAAUCGUAAAUAUGAAAAUACCUUACUUGUACAGGUUAAAAAAGUCCAUGAUGUGUUUUCAUAUUCGGAAAUAAUUGUAGAAUACACUUGGUGUCUAUAGUGUUUAAAAAAUUGUCUCUAUAUACACUACUAGACAUUCAUUCACUAACUUAUCGCAUAUUCGAUUUGUAAACUUGUUCUUGAUGUAACCCAAAGCUGAAAGACUCUUUCAACACUUGCCGUACAAUCAUAAAAUCAAUACAAAUUAAGGGUAGUUUGAAAUUAGUUUAAUUGUUAGGUUUUUAAAAUAAUUAGAGAUAGAGAAUGCCAUUUUACUAUUACACAUUGUUCAAAAUCGAAAAACAAAUGAGUUUAGCUCAACGGAAAUUAAGUUUAUUAAUAAUAAUAGUGUUCUAGAUUUAAAUUAUCCAACCUACCACUUAUAUUCCUAUACACAAAUGAUAGCAGGAUAAUCAUUUUUUCAAAUUUAAGGGGUGUCCCUCACUAUCAAUUAUAUUUUUUUUGUCCAUACGUAAAUUACCACCGGGGGUUGGAUAAUCGUUUUCCCAAAAUUUAGGGGUGUCCGGGGACACCCUUAAACCCUCCUGGGUCCGCCCCUGGUCCCAGGUUCGAAUCCCUUAAGUAGUCUCUAAUCACAAAAAAAAAAACCUAUAUCAUCCUUAUAAAAAAAAGUGUCUUACAUAGGGUCAAAUAGUACUAUACGAAAGAACAAAUCACCUUGAUGUGAUAGUCGGAUCAUUCUUACAUGACUCUCAGGAGAAGGCGGAAUGCGGUAUUGUGAUCAUCAACAACCAUGGGCAGAUUUGUGAUGGACGACGAGCUGAUUCUUUUCUUUGUUCAUCUCCGCUAUAAGCUGAAAGCUCUCCUAGAAGGUUUGAAAUUAGCUCAAGAGUUACAACUCGGUUGGAUUGUGAGGUCCUUGUGAAGGCUGUUUUACAAGUGGACAGAAGGAUGACCUUGGUGAUGCUCCUCUGUGAUUGCAUCAAUGCGCAUGAUCCUUGAUUCUUUGCCUAUGGUUGAAGUCCGCUGGAUCUCUCGUCGUCUCAACUUCAGGGCAAAUUGGGUGGAGAGAUCUCUGAACCGUUCCACACUCUCCCUCGCUCGCGACUGGCUCCUAUUCUUGAUCUUUUUCCCCCCUCAUUUCUAAUUAUGUUUUUGGUUUGUAAGACUCUACCGAUUAUGAAUGAAAGACCAAACCAUCCUUCUUGUAAUUAUUCUUGAUCAUACUAUAUGAGAUAGAAGCUUAGUCAGUGAAUUUGCAGGCAAAGGUUUAAAUAGUUGAUCCGCAAAUUACCCAUUCUAGUCCUAGAACUGAACAUGUUAGUAAAACCAAAACAAACUAAAACCUGUUUCACCAAAGCAUAGCUUAAAGGAGGUAUAAAUUGAUGAUCCAGUGUACGAGUUUCAAUCCAUAGUUAAUUAGUCCAUCACAUCUCUAAUCUCAGAACCUACAUGUGUACAUAAACCCUAAUUAAGGCCUAAUGGGGCAGUAAUUAGCAAGAGCGUGUGGAUCAGGCGCCUGAGGGGCAAAGUUGACGGGAAAAGGAGGAACAUUAAUGCAAAAGAGAGGUUUUACACAGUAGUGGUAAGAAAGAAACAAAGAGCAACCCUAACACACUUUUUCUCUUUCUAUCCUUUUCCCUUCUCAAGCUGGGUGGUGCUGAUUAAAAGAGAGGACAAGAAGAAGAAAAAGGGAAAUCAUAAAACCCAACAGAAAAGAGAAAGAAGGAAGAAAAAAGAAAUAACGCUGAAGAGAUAGGAGAUAGCAGCUGGGUUGCGUAGGUGAGGUUAAAAAGCAAACAAUAUACUCUCUCCCUCUCUCUCUUCUCUCUAUCUCAAGCGAUCUCAAAACUGAGAGAUCAACAAAUGGAAAUAAAUUAGCAGACCACCCAACAACAAAGAUCUCAUCUUUCCAUAGCUAGAGCUUGAAAGGAAGCUUAUUUCUUUGCUUCUUCUCUUUAGCUUGUUAGGGGGUCCUUUUUUGUUGGAUCCUUUACGCCUCUCUAGGGUUUCUACCCUAUCCAUCUUUCUUUCUUGCUUCUCCCAAGAAUCAUCAGCUUUUCUCCUUACUUGGGUUGUUUCACAAAUUUGGUUGGGAUUUCACCACUGAAUCCUGAAAGCAAGCAGAGAGAUUAGCGGCUUGUUAAGGAGCUAGCUUGGAGCAACCACUCAACCCAACAACAACAAGCACAAAAAGGUAUAAACCACAAACAAAAGAUAAGAACUUUGAAUUGUUGUUGACAUAAAAGGUUAUUACAUGAUCUGAUAUAUUUGCCUCUUUUACUUGUAGGUUAAAGUUGCUUCAAAGGCUGCAAACCCAAAAAAAGAAAAUUUUGGGGGAAAAAAAGGAGAAUUCAGAUAUUUGCUGAAGCAACUAGCUGAAGGAGGUGAAGAAGGAGAGAUAUAUAUGGGGAGGGGAAGAGUGGAGCUGAAGAGGAUAGAGAACAAGAUAAACAGGCAGGUGACUUUUGCCAAGAGAAGGAAUGGUUUGCUGAAGAAAGCUUAUGAGCUGUCUGUACUUUGUGAUGCUGAGGUUGCUCUCAUCAUCUUCUCCAACCGCGGCAAGCUCUAUGAGUUCUGCAGUACCAAUAACAUGCUCAAGACACUGGAAAGGUACCAAAAGUGCAACUAUGGAGCAGUGGAAGUGAAUAAACCUGCAAAGGAGCUCGAGAGCAGCUAUCGUGAGUACUUGAAACUGAAGGGUAGGUAUGAAGGCCUACAACGAACCCAGAGGAACCUCCUUGGGGAGGAUUUAGGGCCACUGAACACGAAGGAGCUGGAGCAGCUUGAGCGUCAGCUGGAAGGUUCAUUGAAGCAAGUCCGCUCCACUAAGACCCAGUUCAUGCUUGACCAGCUCUCUGAUCUUCAAAACAAGGAACAGCUGCUCCUUGAAUCCAAUAGAGCUCUGGCAAUAAAGCUGGAUGAAAUCUGUUCAAGGAACAGCAUGCGACCUUCGUGGGAAGGAGAGGAUCAUCACAACAUGUCCUAUGGAGACCACCAUCAUAAUCCACAUGCUCAAUCCCAGGGGUUUUUCCAGCAUUUAGAUUGCAACCCGACUUUGCAAAUCGGGUAUAGUCCAGUAGUAACAGACCAAAUGACUGCCACAACUCAUGCUCAGCAGCAGCAGCAUCAGCAUCAGCACCAGCAAGUGAAUGGGUUUGUUCCUGGAUGGAUGCUCUAAUAAAAAGCUCUCAGUAGCUUUCAUAUAUACUUGGAGGGGCCAAGAGGAUGGAUAAUUUGGCAGCUUUGCAUUCUCCCUACAUAUAUAUCGCCUCCUUUUAAAAUGUUGUUCUAUCAUAAGAAGACUGCAAACCCUUCUUUAUCGAUAAUGGCCUACUGCUCUUACCAAGUACUCUACUUUUUGUGGCUAGCGACCAUAUAUGUAAAUGAUUAUGAUUUCUGCAGAUAACAUAAGCACUCAACAGCUACCUUUGUGCUAUUUGUCAUCUCUCUGCGCUCCAACUAUGUCAUGCAGCCUUUCUUUUUAAGUCAUCUUCACUUAUGUAAAGCGACAUUGUAAGCUUCAAAGCAACAACCUUUGAUGGUCUGUUGUAUAUCAUUAUGAAUUAUUAGUAAAUUUUAUCAUAUGGGCGUUGGAUUUGGGUUUUGAAUGACUUUGGGAGAUGUAGGUAAAAUGGUACAAAAUUUAAGAAUUUGUCAAUUUUCAUCUCAAGGUGUGAGUUUAUCACGAAUUUGAUACUUAAAAAUUUGAUGCACAACCAUGGAUAUUUGAAAUAUCUCACAUCCAAGCAAUUUCUCAAUAAGAGUUCAAUAGAAAAGGAAUGAAAUUGCAUAAGAUGAAAUUAGCCAUCAGGAUUGCGGACCACAAUUUAAGUAAUUUAUAUUUUAAUGAAUCAUGCCGUGGAUUUACACUAGUAUCUAGAUUGCAAAGGUCUCUCACUUUGUCAAAGAAUCAGAGGAGUGAGCAAUGUUGGCACUCACACAAGUACAUUGACAAUAAGUGAUUCAUUUAGCGAGGUUUGAGUAGAAAGAGAUAAAAUUCUAUAAUUAUCAGAUUAUGGAGUUAUUCAUCAUCACAAUUUGUGAUCAUAAGAGAGUGCUAAAAAUUUAUGUAUGAAUAUUUCUCAACUACUUGAAUUAUUGGAACCAGAUAAUUUAUAAAUGGUGACAAAUUAAGAAGUUUACAUUUCCGUCAUAAUGUAAUAGUUCCAAACCAAAGGAAUAAUUGCGUUGAAACUACCAAGAGAUUAAACUUUUUUUACCUUGCAUUUGACCAAAAUAUUGCAUAAGUAUUCCUUUUGUUAUGUCUUCUGACUUCAGCCAAAUAUAUUGAGUUAGCUGAUGGAUCGGGUAACUAUCAAAGAAUCUAAGAACGAAAGAACACCAAAGUUUUUUAAUAUGGUAUCGUCAAUAUGACACUAGUCCACAGAGAGAAUCUCCUUCUCAGGUUUUUCGGUUUAUAUUUCUUACUUUCAACAGAAUACACAGCAGCAUAUUUAUAGGUUUGCUCUACAAACCCUAACUCCACAAUGUUGGCUAUUUACAAUGUGGUACUUAUUAUUAAUAAACUAACACCCUCCCUCAAAUUGAUGUUGAUUGCGUAACAUCAAUUUGGAUGAUAAGUACCGAUGUCUGCUUGAUCCCACUGCCUUCGUCAACACAUCUGCAGUCUGAUCAUCUGUUGAUAAAUAGCUCAACUGAAUAAUACCUUCUGCCACCAAUUGUCUGAUAUAGUUAGAGGUGGCAAUUGGAUAGGAUUCGUGGAUCCAUGAAUCAAAUGGAUUGGAUUCAAUGGAUUGGUGGAUUGAUCCAUGAAUCCAAAUAACAUCCAAGGCUUGGACCAAAAUGUAAAUUUUGAAAAGUUUAGGUACUAAAAUGUCAUAAUGAAAAAUUUUAGGUACCAAAUUGUAAUUUUCAAUGAUAUUUUUCGUAUAAAAAUAUAAAUUUUAG